UUUUAUUUUAGAAUAAAGUGAUAAAAUGCUGAGGUUGUCCUCUGUCGCCGCGCGCCGAUUAGUCGGCCGCUCGGAGGCAUUGAGGACAGGUGUUCGCCACGCCUCGUCUGGCGGAGGUGGAGGCGGAUUAGGGAAGGUAUUGGCUGGUACUGUAAUGUUCACCACCGGUGUGGGAGGUGGAGUUCUCGGAUACGCUGCCUUAGAUCCCGAUUUCAGGAAAACCCUGGAGGCUGGUUUACCGGGGAGCGAGGACGUGUUAAAUAUGAUUCUUGGAUCAGCUUCUCCUCCUGCUCCUGUAGUAACUAAACCUGUCCCUAGUAAACUCCGUAUCCCAGGACCCGUGGUUGUUACUAAACCGAAAGAUGAAGCUUCUAAAUUGGAGGAAUCAAAGGUUCCAGAAUCUAUUUCAAAACUUCCUGAAACAAUUCCCGAGGUUUCAAUCUCAGCUCCUCCGCUCCCAGAGUUGGAAACACCUCCGCCUGUUUUAGCUCCCUCCCCGCCUGCUAUCGACCCCCCAGUCGUUGAAUCCCCUCCUACUCCUGAACCCGAACCAGAACCUGAACCUGUUCCUGCACCCGUGAAGAAAGUUGAGAAGAUAACCUUAAAUGAAGAACUAUCUCCUGACGUAGAGAACUCUAGUCUUGAGCAGGUUCUGAUUGAGUUGAGUAAAGAGAUGAACUCCGCUACUGGAGUAGCGGUUGAAGGAUACAAUCUGUCUAGUGAAGCUGUUGUAUCACAUAUAAAUAUUAUGCAGAAAGUUCUAGAAUCCAACCUGGCGGCACGGGAUGACAAUGCUUGGAAUCAGGUUUUCGAGGCUGCUACUAUUAAAUCGGACGCACUGAAGUUCGCAGAAAUGAAGGAAAAGGAAGCCAUAGCUUCUAUUAACAAUGUGUUGGAGAGUAUAGAUGCUGGUAGAAAGAACAAGGCGACCGCUACCAACCCUCAGCUGAUUGUUGCUGAGGAGGCCGCUAAUAGAGCAAUGUAUCAGCUAGAGCAAGCACGAGCACGUAUUGCCGCGGUUGAGGGUGAAGCGCGUGUUGUAGAACAGUACCGAGAUCUAGUUGAAGAGGGUAGACAGCAGUUUCAUCAGGAGAUGGCUUCUAUUAUGCCUGAUGUUAAGCUGGGAGAGAAGAAUAGUAAACUCACUGAGGAUGAACUUAAUAUGUUUAUUACUCAUGCUUAUAGAAAGGUAUUGCACCUGCAACAAGAGCUGGCUAAACAGCAAACUCUUGAACAACAGAGGUUUAAGACAGCUUUGGAGAAACAGAGGAUGGAGGCACAGAUGUCAGCUUCUAAUAAGAUCGAUAACGAGCUGGAAAGGCAGAAGCGUGAGCUUGAGGUUGAGCACCAGAGAAGGUUGGCGGGGAUUAAAGAAGAUUCUGAGUCUGAACUUCGAACCCAGCUUCGACGUCAAGCUGCUGCGCAUAGUGAUCAUUUAGCUGAUGUCCUCACGGUUCAGGAGGCGGAGCUAAGACGUAAACACGAACAUGAUCUAGAUGAGAAACUUGCAUCCGCUCAAUCCAAGUAUCUCAGUCAAGUGUCCGCUCUCUCCGGAGGUCUUCAGGGACUCUCAGCCGCACUAGAAGCAAGAGCAGAGGGAGACAAAGCUUCUGUAUCAGCCCAAAAACUGUGGUUAGCUUGCGUGGAACUAGAGGGAGCCAUUAAAUCUGGAAAUGUUAACGCCGAGACAUUCGGAGAGUCAUUUAAACCUUUAAGUGCUGAGAUAGCAACCAUUAAGAAUAUCGCUGGAGAGAAUCCGUUCGUGAAUACAGUAGUAUCCAGUAUCCCUGGUGAAGCACUGACUCGAGGUGUAUACACGGAGCAGGGGCUCAGGGAUAGGUUCGUCAGGGUGGAGGAGGUGGCCAGGAAGGUUGGGAGUAUAGGAGAUGAGGGGGGUAGUCUUCUCAGGUAUGGAUUAAGCUAUCUACAGUCCAAGCUUCUGGUUGAUACUGCUACUAGAACUCCUGGAGGUUCAGACGAAUUAAUUGAUAUUUCUGAGCUCACAGCUGGAGAUAUUCUUACACUUACCAGGCAUAGUUUGGAACGAGGUGAUCUUAUUCAAGCUGUUCAAUAUAUGGGUCUCUUGAGAGGAGAACCUCGCAGAGUUGUCAGUGAUUGGAUGGACGAGGCCAGACUUCAUCUGGAGGCCAAGCAGGCCUCACAAGCUCUUCUAGCUCACGCAGCCUCCGUAGGAUUAGAAGUUUUGCCCAAAUAGUUGGAUAAGGGACGUCAUAGAUUUUCAAUAGAAUAUUUCACACAGAAUAAAUAUCUUUUUAUGUAACCUUGUCGUUCAAUCUCGUCCCGGGACUGAAAUAUGAUUUGGGAUUUGAGAAAUAUUAUUUUGAUGUGAUUUUUCUCCAACCCACCAAAUUAUUUAUUGUUAAAUAAAUUCUUUAGUUAAUUUGUUAAA